UCCUAUUAGGCUCCAACUAUUCGGUUAAUGCUCACUUUCUCGGUUUAAAAGAGAAAUUUUGUGCCUUAGGCAAAACAGGGUUUUGUCCUCCCCCAGCACCACCAGUUGAUCCUACUACAACAUCUACUUUAAUACCUACCGGAACUGUUCCAACUACACCUACCUUAACUCCUAUACCAACAACACCCACAACUACCGGAACCGGAGGACCUACUACUGGAACAACUCAAACUACUAAUACUUCACCAACUACCGAUACUAGUAUAACUCCUCCCACCGAAACUCCACCCACAACAUCACCACCUACCGAAACCCCACCCACCACCUCACCACCUGAACCUACCCCUGAACCCGAUGAAGAAAACUACUGUGGAGAUGAUGAGACUACUGAAGGUGGUGGUAGAGCUUUGGAUGUUAACGAACAUGAUGAAGAACAGGAUGACGACAUUGACUCUGAACUCAGUGAUGCCCGUGCUCGUCGUGUUAAAAGUCGUCGCAAUCGUCGUAUGCGCAGACGUAGAGUAAUUCGUAAGAACAAGAAUCGUAAGGCUCGCAGAAAUCGUAAGCUCCGCCGUCGCAAUCGUCAAAUCAGACGUAAUCGUAAACAUCCAACGUCGCAAUCGUAA